UACGGGAAAGGUGCUGCGCCGUGCUGAAGAUGUUUGUCUGCCGCUGUUUACCUACCCGCGCUCCCCGGCCGACGGCGCUGGUGGAGAGAAUCGGUCGUUGAAGCAAAGAGGCGUGUGGCGUGAAGCAAGUGAAACCUGCAGGCGCACGACCGGAGCAGCCUUGCUAGCCUUCUGGAAAUCGCGCAUCGCGCGUAGGAACCGGAUUGGUGGUUGGUUUGCGCUCGCCGACUGUGCUACGGCGACGGUGCGGUACACCGCAGCAGGGUGGUGGUGGUGGUGGUUUUCCGCUCUCGGGUCGAACCCGACUUUCUGAACGUCUUUCUGAAUGUGCACAAGUGCAGAAAAAGCGUCCGCUACGUACGACGUCGAAUCGCGCGCGGUUCCCUCCCGGGGGGUUGUGUUUUGCCCAGGGAGCGGUUGUUGGUAUUGGUGCACGGAUUUCGCUCCUCUCGUCACUUCCUCCGGCUCGCCUGCAUCCCCGUCCACGUCCAGUGAGACGGAAUCGCAACAAACGCGUUGUGCUGCUGCUGCGGGUUGGUUUCGCACGUCGGAUACGUCGACGACGACGGAGAGAAUCGAAUCGGAGCCAGUUGCCUGUUGAGGUGUGUUGCGUUCAAACGAGCUGUGUUCUCGCCUGCCAACCGGAUGUCGGGUGGCAGCCAUUCGGGUUCGGGUUGUGCCAGUAGCCGUCAUCCGCACCACGACGGUACCCGUUUUCUCGUAUCGAGUUCAUCGGUGCGUCACCGCUGAAGGACACACUGUGUGGUGGUGCUGUGUAAUUUUUACGGGUACCGCGUAUCGGAUCGCUUCGGUGAAGUAAAGAUAUAUCAAAUAAGCAGGCGAGUCAGCAAACCUCCGUGCGGCGCGUGAAUUGUAUUCUCCAACAAUCUGGUCAAAGCAGUCCCGUGCGGUGACCACUUGAACGUCGUAACGUGUCCGGUGUGCGGGGGCUUUCCUUGUGUGGAAAGUGAUUUGGAAUAAGAAACCCACUGCUGCACGGUCGUAGUUGGUAGACGGAACGGGUUUCCCCGUCGCGGGGGUAAGAUUAUCGGAUCGGUCUUGUUGUGAACCGCUCGCUACGCCAUAUAUUACGACGACGGAAUAUCGACGGAGUGGAAAGACGGCCGCCACCCGCGCGUGCAUGUGUGGGUCCUCCGUGUGCCGCGGAGCGCGUGGGAAAGAGACAAAGUGACCCGUACGGCGGUUUGUGAGGGAGCGAGAGCGGCCUCGGGCAAACGAACGAGUGCGGAGAGUGAACCGACAGACCGCCGCCGCCGUGCGAUAGCGUAACGCGCGAGCUGAAUCGCGCAGUGUUUGGGAAGUGGUGGAGGGGGAAGGGGGAACGCGGACCGGAACAACGUUGUAGCGCGCGCCCCACCGGGUAGACGGGUGGUUGGCAAGUACGGGUGGCGCGGGCGAAGGAAACAAGAGGAGAUUGAAAGAGUCGCUAGCAGCUGCAGCAGCGGCAGCGCUCGACUGCUGGGCGUUAUUACACACGCACGACGUUCGCAUCGAUUCGCUGCACGCCUCUGCUCGCGACCGUUCGGUGACGGACAGGGUCGUGGUUGGAAUACAACACAAGUCCUGCCUCGUUCCCAUCCAGCCCGACCACGAUGAGGAAAACGAUGGAGUUGAAGGUGGAGAGAAAAGACGAUUCAACAUCUGCUGCGCCUGUCUCGACGACGACGUCGAUGGUAGUCGAUGAUGACGACGCCAACUCCGACCAGGAGAUAGUGGAGGUUGGCAUCGACGAGGAUCACAUUAAGUUUCUCACCAGUAUGCACUCGGGGGACGACGAGCAUGCCAACGGGCAGCAGCGUGGUAUCUUGGGCCAUCGGUCGCAUCAGCAGCAGCAGCAGCAGCAUCAGCAGCAUCAGCAGCAGCACCGCCGCGGUACAAAUGGUGUCGUACAUGCGGCGAAUGGUAGCACCACGGUCGCUAACCGCCACCGGCUACAACAUCAGCAGUCACAACUGCGACAGCAUUCAACAGCACUUUCUCAUCGGCAUGCGAAUGGCAAUUUUAACGGCAAUCGGAUCAAACUUCAACAACAGCAGGAGCAGCAAAAGCGAAUUAACGGAGCAAGCAUCGAUGAGCUGCCGGGCUGCAGCGACUACGAGUCGGAAGAGGAUGAGGACGACGACGACGAGGAGGACGACGAUGACGAUGAUGACGACGAUGACGACGAAGACGAUGGAGAGGACGUGAUGGUCGUUGCCGCCAACAUCCUAUCGAAGGCAGCGCAGAGGUCAUCAGCGUUUGUUGGUGCAGGCGGUGCAGCAGGCGGCGCUGGUGUUGCCGGUACAACCGUUCGAACGUAUCAGUGCGACGCGUGCCCACGGACGUUUCAGCGUCCGGAUCAUCUGCGCUACCACAUGCGCAUCCACGAGAAAAGCAGCAGUAAUCCGUUUGAGUGCAAGCUGUGCUUCAGCGUGUUUGCGUCGGAUCCCGCCUUUGCGCACCACAUUCGCACCGAGCACGCCGGUAUGGGGUUGGCCGAUGCGCUGCCCCCGGUGCCCGAAACCGAGGCCCAACAGCACGCCUGUACCUACUGCGAUCGGACGUUCGGGGACGCGGACGAGCUGGAGGACCAUCUGCACCAGCAGCAUCUGGGCGUACGGCCGUUCAAAUGCAACAUGUGCCCGAAGGCGUUCAUUCGGAUGGAUUUUCUGCACUGCCACUACCUGAAAUACCACAGCUUUCGGCUGAUGGAACACCAGCAGCUGCUACAGUACCAUCAGCAACAGCAGCUCCAACAGCAACAGCAACAGCAGCAAGACCAGCUUCAGCAGCAGCAACAGCACCACCAACGCCAGCAACCACAUUACGAACACUCUUCACCGGAUGACAGCACGUCGCACGGGCAUCCCCGUGCCAAACGACCCCGGUUGAUGGUGCGUAAGAUGGAGGAUCUGCUCGAAACCCGUGUUCCGUUAAAAAGUGUUUUUCGGCGGACGUCCCACACCACCACCGGCAGCAUUUCGAGUGACGAUCAUGAUGACGAUGACGAUGGCGAUGACGAAGAGGACGGUGAUGAUGAGGGUACAGGUGCUGAAAGUGCUUCCGAUCAUCAUCACCACCAUCAUAAGCUGGUGCUCCGUAAAGGGAUAGCCAGUGCCAGUGGCGGGCGUAGUGUGCUAUCGAAAGCUGGUGCCGCCGCUGGGCCGAUCAAGAAGAAAGUCGCACCAGUUGUGGUGGAACCGCCGGUGGAAGAGGUUGGCCAGUAUCGCUGUCCGGUGUGCGAGCGACGUUUCAUCCGCGAGCCAGAUCUUAUGAUUCAUGUGCGAACACAUCCAGAUCUUCCCACCUUCAAGUGUCCCCUCUGCGAGCUGACAUUCAUCGGAUCGGACUAUUUGAAAAACCAUCUCAAGAAACACGUGCUCGGCAAUGGUGAAGAUCCGGGUGCACCCGGGGCAAUCGAUUUGAAGUCCCUUCCCGACCCCGCAACGGUAGCAGCUCCUCCGAAUGACCCUCCGUCUGUUAAGAACGGCGCUGACGGCGGUGCCGGUGACUCAGGUGAAACAGUCGAGUCAACGAUCGCCGCAAAAUUACCGAAACCGAUCAUUACAUCCAAACCACCGUCCUCCGGGAUCUCCCUGUUAAAACCCAUCGAAGAGCGGAAACCUCCGGAACCCCAGGAGUACUGCGUGAAGACGGCCGACGGCAAGUUCAUGUGUACGGUAUGCGAGCGGUUGUUUUCGCACCAGCAAACGGUGCGGAUUCACUUCCGGAUCCACACGAACGAGAAGCCGUACAAGUGUGCGUACUGCACGGAAUCGUACAUUCGUUCGGAUUAUCUCGAGCGCCAUAUGAAGGUGCACUUCAAGGAUGGCAUACUGCCCGCGGCCGCCAUUGCUAGCAUGGCAGCAGUAGCGGCGGCGGCGGCAGCAGCUGCUGCAGCAGCGUCUUCCGGAGCCAGCGCCACUCGAACGGCGGAUGUAGCGUCACCACCACUACCGCCACCAUCUGCUUCUGUGGUGAAGGAAGACAUUCCCGAAACGACGCCGGUGGUGGCCGCCGCUCCUUCACCCGUGACCACCACGUCCUCCUCUUCCUCCGGCACGUCGAAGCCACUGAUCGGUCGGGCCGGGCUAGCGCCGGAAAACUAUCACUUUACCGAGUCGAAUGAUGGGCAGUUCGUGUGCAAGAUCUGCGAUAAAGUGUUCAGUCAGGUUGCUCAGCUGCGCAAGCAUGCCCUAGCGCACACGGAAGAGAAGCCGUUCUACUGCGAAACCUGUGAUCGAUCGUUCAACCGGGUGGACUAUCUGAAGGAGCACUUUAAAUCGAAACGGCACCUUCAACUGCUGGCGGAAGCUGCUGCUGCUGGUGAUGGUGCGGUUGCGAACCGGAUGGAGGAGGAGGAUGAUUCUACGAUGGACAGCGUAUCGGUGGUGCCGUCGUCUCACUUGCCAGCUAGUCGAUCCGCAAAGGGGAACAGACCGACAAAAAGUAGCACAAAGAUCCCUCCAACACUUCCAGCGGAAAUUUGUGUCAAAGCGAUUAAUAAUGGUCAUGAUGCGGUUCCUGUCGCGAAAGACAGUGCCAAAGGUGGCAAAAAUGGUGGUAGUAGUAGCAGCAGCAGCAGCAGUAGUAGCAGUAGUAGUGGUAGAAGCAGUAGCAGUAGCAGUAGUAGCAGCCGAAGCAGCACUACGAGCAAAAAACAUACCAGUACUUCCAACAAUGCCACUAUCGUUGACGAAAGCAACGGCGACCGGUCGAGGGUGGGUAAAGAAGACCCCACCUCGCCAACAGCGGCCGACGAUGCACGGUCUGUGCUGGGCGAGUUUCAUCGGUCGGAUUACGAGCGCACCAGCGACGGCCGGUACAAAUGUAACCAGUGUGAUAAAACGUUCGUGACGGCGGUCACGCUCAAGAUGCACAUCCGGCUGCACACGGGCGAGAAGCCGUACAAAUGCGACAAGUGUGAUAAGGCGUUCAUUCGCUCGGACUAUCUGAAAACACACGAAAAGUGUCACCGGCAGGAGUCGUUCCUGAGCAUGCUGUCCCUAACGACGUCGAAGGAGCCCAGCACGGCCUCGGAAGCUGGUGACUCCGAUACCGGUGGUGGCGGAGGAGGUGGGGGCGGGGUUGGCCCGCACGAGCGUGAUGAUACUCGUUCCUCAAUCGGCGAUGCUGGGACGAUGGGCCGCAAACAAUUCUCCGAUACCGGUGCUAGGGAUGCUGAAAGUGACGAUGAAGAGGAUGGGGAAGAGGAAGAAGAAGAAGAAAAUGAAGGGUCGGUUGAGGAUGACGACGAAGAGGAGGAGGAGGAAGAGAGCGAAGAAGAUGAGCAGGUGAUUGAGGUUAUGGUAAAGGAAGCGAGCUGCUCCGAAAGUGACAACGACGACGACGAGGACGACGAAGCGGCGGAAGGUGAUGCCAACGGUAACGAAGUUGAUAAUGCGUGCGAGGAUGAAGCAGAAGACGAAGAGGAUGAGGAAGACGAUGAUGUCGAGGAGGAAGAGGAUGAUGACGAUGAGGAGUUGAAAAACAGGAGCGCAAUACAGCAACGCUUUGGUGGAAAUAACAGCAAAAGUACAAAUCAGUUUAUGGAGCAAAAAAUGCAGCGUCGAAAGGAGUCGAAAAGUUCAUCGUCGAAGCGAAGUAAACAGCGGCCGACGCACCACCGUGCAACGGAAGUAAGCGGAGGCGACAGUAGUAACAACGGGUACGAUCACGACGACGAAAGCAUGUCGCAAACGAGUGGAGCCGGCGGCGGCACGGGCAGCAACUCGGAACAGUCACAAAACCAGAAGGGGAAACAUCGGUGCCCGAUGUGCGACAAGCUGUUUGCGUGGCCCAAGUCGUUGAAGAUCCACGUACGCACACAUACCGGUGAGAAGCCCUACCGCUGUGACGUUUGUGGGAAAUGUUUCGGCCGAUCGGACAGUUUGCGCGGACACAAGCGUACCCAUGCGUUAGAGGGCCAAUUGCAGUGCCAUCUGUGCGAUGUCAGCUGCAACAAUACGGCCGGAUUGAUACAGCACCAGAGCUUGGUGCACGGGAUACAGCCGCUGGAGAGUUAAACAAAAAGUAUUCCGAAUUUUCCUUCGUUUCUAGUAAUUGAAAUCCACCGGUACACAUUUGAAUCAAAUCAUAUUUAAGGUACAAUCUGUGGUUGUCUUUAAAGCAGCUGCAAUAAUCGGCCCAUAUUUUAUAGCAUUAAGACUCCUUUUUCAUAGAACAACGCACUACUACUAGUGCGAUACAUGUACAUAAAUAGCUAUGCGUACUUAUGUUUCUUUUAUGAUCUGGCACAAUUGAUGUAGUUUUAAUAAAAGAAUUAACGAAAUUAUAAAGGCGUGUUAUAUUGGAGUAUCGAAACAAUCGAGCAUUUAAAUGUUCCCCCAUUACCCCGAGUUGCUACACAAUCAACUAUAUAAAUAA